AUGUCAACAAAUGAAAUUGAGUUCUUAACCAAAAUAUUACAGGAUGCUUUGAGUUGUGAUAAAUCUGUAAGAACUGUAGCAGAACAGAAAAUAAAUGAACUUGUGGAAACUCAUGGUUUUUUAAUUUCUCUCACCCGCUACGCACAGUUAAAUUCUGAAGGUAUUUCAGGAGCUCAACGUCUUAUGGCGUUAACUAUAUUAAAACAAAAUGUUCAUAAAUGUACAUUGGAAGAGUCUAUGAAUAUAAUGAAUAUUCUUAUGAGUGUUUUACCUUUGGAAUUAGAUCGUCAUGUCGUAAAUAUUUCUGCGGCAAUCUUAAGUAUUAUAGCUGUAAGAUUGGAGUCAAAUCUUUCAACGAAUUUUAAUAUCCUGGACUAUCUUAAUACAUUCGUUAAAUUUAUCUCUGAUUCUUUUACUACACCAAACUCAACUGUUCAUAUACUUAAUUCAAUUCUUUUGGUAUCUGAACUACAAAAUCAUGUUUCUCCAAGCUCAACUUUGCUUUAUGAAAAUUUAAUUUUUCUUACUCCAUCUUUGCUUCAUAUUCUCAUUAAUGGAAAUCAAGAAGAAGCAAGUUUUGUUGCUGUUACUGUGGUAAAAGAUGUAUUCUUGUCUGUAUUAACUAUUCGAAAAAAGAAUCUUUUGGAUUUUAUAAAGGAAACAUGGAAUAAAUUUUUUCCCCUAUUGUUAAAUACUGUACAACUUUCUUGUUUACCUUUAACUGGAGUACAAGAAAAUAUAUUUCAUAAUAAAGUUAUUUUGGAAGUUUUAUCAUUUUUUGAGAAUAUGAUUCAUGCGGCUAAAUGGAUAAGGAAAGAAAUUAAUGUGAAUGUUCUUGAAAGAAUAAUAAAUUCUAUUAUAGUGGAUGAUUCUAUUUACUUUGAAGUUCUUGAAAAUAAUGAUGAUGAAAGUAUUAUUAUUCAACAAGUUAUGACAAGACGAUGGAAUUUAUUGGGAGAAGUGGCACGUAUUAAAUCUCUACAACAUAUUUUAGAGACUAUUAUUAGUACUGAUCCUAAUCGAUUUUUAAAUCUUAUUUUAAUUCAUACAACUGUUCGUGAUAUAGAUGUGGAAGAAUGGCUUAAUGAUACAAAUUCUUUCUUACAACAAGAAGAAGAAAAUGAGGAUGAAGUAUUAUGGAAUGUUCGUACAUCAGCUGCAAAUGUUUGUAGAUUAUGUACACCUAUUUUUGGAAGUAAAAUAAUGGAAUUUCUUGUAAACUCUCUUAAUUCUAUGGGUCAAUUAUGGAAAGCGAGAGAAAGUAUUUUGUUCGUAUUAGAAAUUCUUUUACGUCGAUGUCCAGAAGAAAUGUUGGGUGCAGGUGUAAAUUGUCAUAAUCAACUGUUGCAAAUAUUACUUAAUGAGGAUGUAGGAGGUCCUGCAGUUUUGGCUACUCGGGCACUCUCCGUGUUAGCAGUUUUACUGAAUUUAAAGAAGCGAGAAGGGGUAAAUAUUGAAUCAUCCUGUUCGCAACUUCUUCCAAAAGCGGUAGUUUCUCUUAGAAGUGAAGUUCCUUUACUUCAAGCUGCAGCAUGUAAACUUCUUCAUAAUCUCUUGCCAUUGAUUCAUUUAAAUGAUACAUUAUCAUUAUUUACAGAAGGUGAAAAUGCACUUUUUUCUCUUAUGCUGAACGAUAACACAGUAGAUGAUAUGUUAUACAUAUGUAUAGAAGUUUAUACGGAAUGGAUAACUAAAUGUCAUUUACAAACAAGAGGUAUAUCUUCUAUAGAAGCUCAUUCUGUGUUAUUUAAAUGUUGGAUAAAACAUAUUAAGGAUCCAAAUAUAGGAGAAUUAGUUGUAUCCUUAUUUAAUGAAUUAAUAAUUGAAUCUAAUGGAGAUGAAUCUUUUUUUACUCAACUUUCUUGGAUAACUAAUAUAUUAAAUGGAUGUUGUAGCAUGGAAGAACAUUGUGCUUUACCUUUUGUCCUUCAAAUAUUAGCAUGUGUUUUUAAAAAGGGUUCUGAUAAUGUUGCAAUGAGGACAGCAAAUAUUCUUAUUGGGUCUUUGUGUGAAUUAUUAUUAACUUCUGAAGAGUCAUCUAUUGUAGUUUCCGCAUCAAAUUGUUUAACAUCAUUACUUCAAAGAUGUCCACAAAUGGGAUCCGUGACUGUUUGUGUAUCACCUACUAUAAUAAAUAUAAUUUCUUCUUUAAGGAGAAAUGAAUUAUUUUCUGGUGUAUUACCAUCUGAAUUCACUACUGUAGUGACUGGUAAUGAAUCUCAGAUAUAUCCUUUAUCUGUUAUCCUCGUUACAAUAGUUAUCAGUAUGUUACAGAAGGAUAAGAAUGAAGUUACAUUGAUGAAUAGCGGAAAAUUAUUGGUUGCUAUUGUAGAGAACACAAAUGGUUUUCGUGAUAAUGAAAUAUCAUCUAUUGUUAAAGCAAUCGUAACUCGUCUUAUGACUGUUAAAACAGAUACUGUAGCGCAAGAAUUAAUUUCACCACUUGCAGUAUUAUUAAAACAACAUAUGCAUGCAUUUAUUAAUGUUCUCUUAUCUUCUGGACUUCUUAACAGUAUGUUCUCUGUAUGGCUUCCAAAGAUGAGUGUAUUCUUUGGGAAAACGGACCUUAUUCGUUCAUGUGAUGCUUUGUUAGAUUUACUAGGGCAAUGGCCUCCUGAUGAGCGACUCUCUGGAGAGAUGCUUUCAUGGAGUAAGGGAAAAAACAAGAAGGAAAUGUUACCAUUAGAUGUUGCGUUGUUUAUUGCUUGUGGUAAAGGUGUACUAAAUCUCAUGAGCCAAUGUGAUAUGAAUGAAGAAGAAGAGAGUGAAGAUGAUCUUGACUGGGCAGAUGAUGAUGAUGAGGAAGAUAAUGAUGAUGAUGAUGAUGAUGGGUUUGAGAAUAAUAAUAAUAAUAAUAAUAAUAAUAAUAAUAAUAAUAAUAACAGUAACAACGGAAAAGAUGGAGACAAUACGACCGACGAGGGUGUUGUUAAUAAUGAGGAUAGUAAAAAUGUUGGUAUUGCUGCUGGGAAAAUCGGAUCAGAUGUGGAAGCUAUACUACAAAAAGUUUCCCCAUUGAUAUCACGGUAUGGACCUGUCGUUACCCCUUUUUUUACACAAGCUGAGAUAAAGGAAUUAUCUCUUCUUUUUGCCACUGCAUGA